GCGUCGGCUCGGCCGGCGAGUCUGUGCGCGCCCUCCCAGGCCAACGAAGACUACUGUUUUCCUCUACGUUUUCCGACAGUGAUCAUGGCGGGAAAGGAUGGAAGGCGCCGGAGGCGGCGAUGUUCCUUCAUCAUCCUCCAUCUCCGGCGAUCCAUAUCCGAACAGGUGUUCUGAGACAGAAAAUCUGGCCCUGCGCCAAGGUUUCUGGUGCUACGGUUGACAUGGACGAAAGGAUCAUGUGCGGGGUACGCGUUUGAAUUCCUGUGUUCCUGCGAUGGUCCGAUUCGUUAAAAUCUACAUGGAUGAUGCGGAGAAACGUUUUCGUGGGAGGCUGUUCGUUUCCCGAGAAACUUCUGGCAUUAAGUUCUGUCGUGGGUUUUUACUAUUGCAUGGUUUACCCUCUGGAUGUUGAUGCUGUACUUGACAAACGCGUGGAAACUGAAGUUUACAGACGCUGCUGCUAUCGUGAAUGUGUUUGCGGGUGUAUCUGCCGUCGGCCAUCUCGUCAUGCAAUUCCUAGUUGAUGCAUAUCUUGGUCACUUUUGGAUGCUCUUCCUCUCCACUAUAGCUUUAAGUUUGGGUUUUGGGUUCUUGUCCGUAUCAGCAUCGCCGAUUUUUUCCAGUGGCAGUGUUUUCUGUAAUGCGAUUGAGUCUGGAUGCAUUGGAGAAGGGCAGAGGCUUCUUUUCUACACUGCACUGGCAGUGAUAUCCAUCGGCAUAUUCGGCCACUCGAUAUCCUUGGGAGCAUUCACGGAAGAUCAAAUAGAAGAAAAUGCAAAAAGGGAUGAUCCUGCAAUGCUCAUUGGCUUUGUCAUCGGAAAUGUCGGGAAUUUCAUCUUCCCUUUGCUAGCUGCUGUAGCGAUUCCUCAGAUAAAUCCAUGGUUUGUAAGAUUCGUGAUUCCUGCCGGGUGUGAGGUGGUAGCCAUGCUGGUUUUUCUCUCCGGUUUCUGUUCAUACAAAAAGGAAAAACCUGAAGGGAGCCCUCUCACAACCAUAUUCCGGGUCUUCGUGGCUUCUGGUUUCAAAAUAUCCUGCAGAAACCCGAACAAUCCAGCACAACUCUAUGAACAACCCGAGCUUGAUCCAGAUCUGAAGCCCCAUACGAGUGGAUUCAGGUGUCUGGAUCGAGCUGCGAUGAUACUACCCUCGGAGCCAUUGGAGCAACAGAGGAAGAACAGAUGGACACUCUGCAGAGUGACAGAAGUGGAGGAAACCAAAAGUGUCAUGCACACAGUUCCUUUAUUCACCACAUCCAUCAUAUCCGGAGUGGUUUUCUCCCUCGGAAACACUUUCUUUCUCGAACAAGCGAACCAUAUGGACACCAAGAUCGGAUCAUGGAACUUACCCCUCCCCCUCCUCUUACUCUUCAGCGAGGCUGCAAGACUUGGGUCUCGAGAAUUAUGCCUCAGAGCUUCCAAACGCCAUGGCAUGACGAAAUCUCCGCAUGGUAUCCCGGUUUCCAUAAUCCUAUCGAUAUUCUGCUGCCUCAUUGCGGGGCAUGUCGAGGCUAGGAGGCUGAGAGUAACGAAAACUCGGGGAUUUCUCUCCGAAACCGCCGUCCCCAUGAGUGUACUAUGGCUUCUACCUCAGUACAUUCUGCUCGGUUCGAUAACGGGAAUCUACGAAAACAGCUUUGCACUUCACUUGGAAGAGACGGUUCCCGAACAGAUGAGCAGGUACAUGGUUCUGCUCAACGUGGGCGUGUGCGGGGUCGGGAUGACAAGCAGUAUCGUUCUGGUUAGGGUGUUGAGCAGAGUAAGCGGAGGGAAAUGGUUUCAGGACACGAUAGACAAGAGCCGGUUGGAUAACUAUUACUGGGUGCUAACGAUGUUGAGUUUGAUCAAUCUGAUUCUGUAUUUUGCCGUAACAUUCAGGUUAUCAGCUCGGUGCUCGAAGAAUGACGGUGAAACGGAUCGAUACGCUCGAGGGAAUGAUCAGUGAGAGGUUGUGUAGAUUCGAUUCUUGGUUAUACUUUUAGAUUGAAGAGAAGUUUGUAUAUCUUUUGUGAAUUGAGAGGGUACUGCUUGAGGGAAAGAUGACCCAAGGGUAAAACGGCACGGUGUGCGGCUCCAUUUCGACGAAACGGCCUGCUGUGCUGUUUGGAAUUCUAUUUAGUAUUUUACGCGUGAUAUUUGAUAAGAGACAAAAAUGUAAAUGUAAGAUCCUGAAAAAUAACAUAUUGUAAAUGGAUGAAAAUGAAAUCUUAACCGUCGAUUGCA